AUGAACUUUGCUGCACCAUCACUUGGUUCUGUUGGUGGUAGAUCUGCUACAAAAGCAUUUGAGUUUGGAAGAACCUAUGUAGUCAGGCCUAAAGGUAAACACCAAGCAACUAUAGUUUGGUUGCAUGGCCUCGGGGAUAAUGGCUCCAGUUGGUCCCAGUUAUUAGAGACCCUUCCUCUUCCAAAUAUUAAAUGGAUAUGUCCAACUGCUCCUACUCGACCAAUGUCUGUAUUUGGUGGCUUUCCUUCUACCGCUUGGUUUGAUGUGGAAGAGCUUUCUGAAGAAGCUCCCGAUGAUCUUGAAGGUUUGGAUGCUUCAGCAGCACACGUUGCCAAUUUGUUGUCUACAGAACCUGCAGACAUUAAGCUUGGUGUUGGAGGGUUUAGCAUGGGAGCAGCGAUUGCCCUUUACUCUGCAUCCUGCUUUACUGCUGGAAAAUAUGGGAAUGGCAAUGCUUAUCCAGCCAACAUAAGUGCAGCUGUUGGUUUAAGUGGCUGGCUUCCAUGUUCAAAGACUUUGAGUAACAAGUUACAAGGUGUAGAUGAAGCUACAAGGCGUGCUCAAUCUUUUCCCAUUUUGAUGUGUCAUGGAAAAGGUGAUGAUGUGGUUCCUUAUAAGUUUGGUGAGAAAUCAUCGAAAUGCUUAAGUUCUAAUGGAUUUCAGGAUGUAACUUUUAAAGCUUAUAAUGGGCUUGGCCACUACACAAUUCCAGAAGAGACGGAUAAUGUUUGUGCUUGGCUAACAUCAAAACUGGGUCUUGAGGGCGAUGCUGCUGCAUAG